AUGGCUGAUUUCAUGACUGAAGUAAUGGGAAGAACAGUACCUUUCGACCCUUCACGUGUGAUAUUGACUUGUGGUGCAACUCCUGCACUUGAGAUACUAACUUUUUGUCUGGCUGACCAAGGAAAUGCCUUCCUUGUUCCUGCACCCUUCUACCCUGGAUUUGACAGGGACAUAAAAUGGAGAACGGGAGUCGAGCUAAUCCCCGUCCACUGCCGAAGCUGUGAUAACUUCGCACUAAGCAUUACGGCCCUCGAGCAAACGUUCAACCAGGCCAGAAAACGGGGUCAGAAGGUCCGCGGGAUUCUCCUCACCAACCCAUCCAACCCCAUCGGAAACCUGCUUAGUCGGGACACGCUUUACGAUCUCCUCGACUUUGCCAGGGAGAGGAACAUUCACAUCAUAUCAGACGAGAUAUUUGCGGGGUCCACUUACGGGGACGAACAAUUUGUGAGCAUGGCCGAGAUAGUCGACUCGGAGGAUGCUGACAAGGAUAGGGUCCACAUUGUGUACGGCCUUUCCAAGGAUAUUUGCAUCCCAGGCUUUAGGGUUGGGGUUAUAUACUCAUACAACGAGAAUGUGUUAGCGGCGUCCAGAAAAUUGACUCGAUUCUCAUCACUUUCGACCCUGACUCAGAGGAUUUUGGGGCCGAUGCUCUCGGAUAAGAGGUUCACACGGGAAUUCCUGAAGGAAAACAGGAAGAGAAUACGCGAGUCGUGUGAUUUGUUUGUUGCAGGUUUAAGGGAGAUAGGCUUGGAGUGCACGAAAAGCAGUGGGGGAUUGUACUGCUGGGUGGACAUGAGCCGUUUGAUUACUCCUUACAAUGAUAAAGGAGAGCUCGACUUAUGGGAGAAGCUUUUGACUAUGGGAAAGGUUAAUGUGACUCCAGGGUCCGCCUGUCAUUGUAUCGAGCCAGGAUGGUUCAGGUUCUGUUUCACGACUUUGAGCGAGAACGAGAUUCCUGUUGUGAUGGAACGAAUACGUCGAGUGGUCGAUAGCUGUAAACCUUCUGUAUAG